CCGACUCACCGACCAGAUCAGUUCACUCCACACCCAAAUGGCGAUGACUCAUGAAGAAGAGCUGUCCGAGCUGGCUGCCAAGGUAACGGUCUACGCGUUCUGCGCGGCCGUCAUCCUCGCCUUCAUCGCUGACCAGGCCUGUGCCGGCGGUUGGGGCUGCGCCCCGGCCCACGUCGUGUCGGUGAUAUGGGACAACCUAGCCAUACUCGUCCUGCUUCUCUUGCCGCUUGCGGUCGUGCUCUUCUUCCUCCGCGCCGCCAGCUGCAGCAGCAGGGCCCCGGACGCUGACAGUCUCAGCGUCAAGGAUGUUGAGGAGCGACCUUCUGACCUUUCCUUGCCUCUUCUGUUGCUUUUGAUUGUGGCGAUACUCGGAGCCCUCUCUUUCGCUUUUUACAUGUAUGGAUAUCCAGACUUGUCCAAUCUUUACGGCCACAUGGCUCUCUUGGUCAUUUUCCUGUGUGAAGCCUUCGUCUAUGUUCGUGCUGCACUGUCGCUGUGGAAGAUGAAGAUGAACCCCACUCCCAAGCCCAGCAACAUGGUGGCUGCAGAGUAACGGAGGAUCGCCCACUUACUCAGGUGCAGUGGAUCUCGAGCCAGCAGUAGCAAGAUGAUGGAGAGUACUACGUAGUGUACUGCAGGAGCGCCUCUGCUUCCUUCUAGCUUUGUUGCUGUUCUGAAUAAAGAGACGUCCUUCUAGCAUGUUGUGUGAUGUGCAGUACUAAUCUAUUCAGUAUAUCUAGUAGUAUGAAACUUGCUUCAGUUAAUGCUAGUUCAGCGCUGAUGCAGUGUCUGGAGCAAUAUGGUAGUUUGGCUGGUCACUCUCAACCGCACCUAUCGAUCUAACACAGCAUGGAUGUGUUCCCUAUAAAUAUGGCUGGACGUAAGCUCUGAUGAAGAGCUUCAAUUCUACUCUGUAGUAGGAGUAUGUAAAAUACCAUAGCAUUUCACUGGCCUCC